CCUAAAUUAUUAUUAAUCACUUCAUAAUAAAAUGCAAUUAAAAUCGAAACUUAUCUAUAAAUUCGGUAAACCCGAUAGUAAAACCUUCAUUGUUAUUCUGUUGAUUCAUCAAGAAGUCAAGACGAAAAAAGUACCUUACUAAAGAGUGGCGGCUAUGACUAGAUUCCAUCAUAACAUAACCAUUCCCGAAGUCUACAAUCCUCUUAUUGAGGAACCUAAAAUCAUAAAAUUCUGGCACAAGAAGAAGACCUUCCACAAAAUAAAGACCAAUCGCCGAGAGAAAAACGAUGGUAAGUUCUGCUUUCACAGUGCACCAGUGUCAUGCAAUGGACAUCCUCAUUCUGGACAGAUUUUGAAUAGUCUGAUUAAAGACGUGUUGAAGCGUUAUGGCUAUCAAAAGAAUUGUCGAGUUGACAGCAUAUUCCGUUGGGAUGGACACAAUCUUCCAAUUCAACAUGAAGUGGACAGAGAAUUAGGAAUCACCCACGAAGAGAAUUUGAAGAGAAGUGACGCUAAACUUUACAAUGAAUAUUGUCGAACAGUUGGACAGGAACACACCGCUGAAUGGAUGUCCGUCUUCCAGAGGCUGGGACACUGCGUCGAUUGGAACAAAGAUUAUAGCACCUCGGACAACCGAUACAUGCAAGGGGUUUGGAAAGUGUUUAAACAGCUUUACGACCAAGGUCUUGUGUACCGAGACACCAAACCCCUCUUCUACUCAACUGUCUGCUCCUCUCAUUUCACCAAAUUUCAAGCUGAGGAGAAUCUGAAGGAAGUUUCUGAGAUAGGCUCAACAAUUGCAUUGAGAAUAGUUGAUUCCAGUGAAAAACUCUUGAUAUGGACAACAAAUCCCUGGAUGCUGGCAUUCAAUUCUAGGCUCUACGUGAAUCCUAAGGCGACAUAUGUCCGAGUGAAGGUUGAGGAACAGACCUUCAUCCUCGCCGAGAAUAGUCUUGAAUUCGUUUUCAAGAACCCAUCCGAAUACAGUGUCAUUGAAAAAGUUCUGGGUGAAUCUCUGGCAAAGAUCAAGUGUGAAUCCUUGUUUGAGAAUGUCCCUCCAAGUUCGGGAUUCCGAAUCAACACUGACCCAAUAAAAUCCGACGACGAGGAACCUAGCACGGGUAUUACUGGCUCCGCAAAUUUAUCUUCUGAACUCCUUAAAAAUGGAACCAUUCUUAACACCAAAGAAGUCAAAUACAAGAGACCCCACUGCCCAAAGUCAGGAACUCCCCUUGAGAGAAGAAACAUCCAAUCUUGGUUUAUUCGAGUCGAAGAAAUUGUCGAAGACUUCCUAAGGCAUAUCAUGAGCUUUAUAAAUUGGGUUCCCGAGCAACAAGUAUCAGAGAAGGAUCUUGUGAAGUGGAUUGAGAACCACUUUGCCCAAUGGCCAAUUAGUCGUAGGGGACAAUGGGGAACUCCUGUUCCUAUAUGGUCAUCCCCAUCCGGUGACGAAGUUGUUUGUGUCGAAAGUCUCGAGGAGCUCAAGAAACUUUCGGGGAAAAAAAAUAUUCCAGAUUUGCAUAGAGAAAAUGUUGAUUUCAUUCGAAUUCCUUCAAGAACUCCUGGAAAUCCCCCUCUUCGUCGGGUUAGUGAUGUUUUCGAUGGAUGGUUCGAAUCUGGAGCUUUGCCAUUUAUUUGGGAAAGAUAUGACCAAGCUGACUUUGCUGCUGAAGGCAACGACCAGACCAGAGAAUGGUUCUACACAACAGUGAUUCUAGCGACUGCUCUGGCGCGACCUUCACCAUAUCGCAAUGUGAUUACCCACGGACUGACUCUGGAAGCGAAUGAGACUAAGGUUCUCAAACGCAAACACAAUCGCAACGACCCCAUGAGGCUAUGUGAAAAGUAUGGAGCUGAUGCUUUCAGACUUUACAUGCUCAACUGUUCACAAUCUAAUUUCACCGUGAAGGAGGAAGGAGUCGCAAGAAUGGCCGAGACUGUGAUUCAACCGCUCUAUAGGAUUUUCCAUAAGUGCACAAGUCAAAUGGGAAGUCCUAGUUGGGUGAAUUAUGGAUAUAUUUCAGAAUGGACUUAUCAUCAAUCCCAGGACCUACUAGACCAAUGGAUUCUGUCCCGAACCGAGUCACUUCUAAAGUUUUAUAUUGAUGAAAUGAAUGCCUUCCGUGUCAAUUCGUUUUUGCCCAAAUUGAUUGAGCUCCUGGGACAAAUUGAAGCCUGGUACAUUCCAUUGAGAUGUCCUGAACCCAAUCCGAAAGAUAAAGAGACAUCAAUCAAUUCGACCUCAAUACAUCUAAGCACCAGUAUGUUGUUUAAUGUCAUCUAUAGACUGUGUCUAAUCUUAGCUCCAGUAGCUCCAUUCCUGACGGAGUUCAUCUAUCAAAUCCACAAAAAAUGGAUGGUAUUUUAUGUCCGGGAGGAAUCCAUGCACGAAGCUCGACUUUUUCCACCUUGCGUCUCUGUAAUAAAACCAGAUCUUGAAUUGAAUAUCCAACGAAUGCAAAGUAUAAUGGAGACUUUAGGAUCACUCAGAGGUAAGCACAUGAUUCCAAUGCAAUAUCAAAUCCAGGAAGUUGUUGUGAUUCAUCACAACGAGAAACUACGAGAUGGAAUUGAUUCCGUUAAGAAGUCGUUUUUAAAAAUGAUGAAUGUAGUUGAUAUGAGGGUUUCGGAGGAUCAUCGAGAGUUUGGAAUUUCAAGGAACGUUAAAGUCAAAGAAGAUUCGAAUUCCAAUAAGAAACAGUUGAUUUUGGAGAACUUAACAGAAGAAGAAUUGAAUUUUUUGAUAAAAGAGGAAGAUUUAGAAGAAGAGAAGGACAUCACACUGGAAGAUCUUGUUAUAUCAUAUGAAGUUCCCAAGGACACCGAUUUGAAUAUUGCAAUUGCUCCUAGUGAGGAACUGAUUGUAGUAAUGAAAAUGAACAAGUCUUUGAGUUUCUAUGAAGAAGGAACAGUCAAGGAACUAAUCCAUCAAAUCUGCAGCCUCAAAAGGAGAAGAAACUAUUAUCGAAAAGAUUCUGUCGUAAUCAUGUAUACGACGGAAGAUGAGUGUCUGAAGAAUGUGAUAGCCAAAUAUGGAAAGACUUGAAAAAAUCUACUUAUUGUAAAUUAAGCCAGAAAGUGGAUACUGGAACUGGAAGAAGAGAUGCAGGAGAGCGGAUAAUGGUUAAAGGAGCUGCGAUAAAUAUGUUUUUAGAUGACAAAGAAGAAGUAGAAGAAUGUGAAUAAAAUUAAUUUAUUUUUAAAUAA